AUGCCUCCCGGCAUCCUAUGGGUCUCCUCCCGCCUCUCGCCUCCUCCCCAACUCCGUCUAGGCGUCGACGUCCUCACGCCGGAGAAGUUCUGCAACUGGUACGAGGAGACGCAUAUUCAGGAAGUUACGGCGCUCCCGGGUGUGCCAGGCGCGAUGCGAUGGGAAGCCGUCUACCCCCAACCCUCCGCAACCGCAUGGUCCGUCGAAGCGCCCUGGCUGACGGUAUACUCGAUGCCAGACGUCGAGUACAGAAAUAGCAGGGCGUUCAAAGGGUUAGACGGGCAAUCUGCGCCGAAGGUAAAGCUUUUACGUGAGGUCUUCGAGCAGGCGAGGUUUGAUACCAGGUUCUACGAACAGAUUUCUCCAACUUCGUCUGAGGCGGGUGGGCCAACCCCUGAGUAUGUGCUCUCCUGGGCUGGUGACCAUGUCGGUGCCGCGUUGCUUGAGGGUGUCGAGGGCGUGAGGAGAGUCAGGGUGUUCAGGGUUGUUGGGGCUUCGACGCUAGAGCGGUUUGUGAGGAGGGAUGCGUUGGCUGAGGGGGCAGUGAAGGAAGGACUGAUGUUGGUGGAGGUUGGAGAGGAGGCGGUGGAGAGGGUUAGGAGUGUGGUGGAGAGGCAUGGGAAGGAGGGUGAUGAGGUUGGGUGGUUUGGAGUGAAGAGGGUUUAUGGAGACGGGGAGUGA